AACUUCAUAUCAAACAUGACAGAUCAUCUGUGAAGAAGCGAGUAGCUCUUUCAGUCUUCAAAUAAAAGUGAAAUUUGCGCUUAGAAACUAUCGAAAGUGACUAGAAAAUAGUAGUAAUUUGUUGUGAAAUUAGUGUGUUGUGUCUUUGAUUGUUAGAACACAUGCUAGAACAAUUUUCGGUUAUUUCAGUACAUAUCGUAUCUUGUUGAUUUGUUUCUGGCCAAAUAGUAUUUGGAUAAGUUGAGGAGAUGAACAAUAAUAACAACCAAAAUGUCUAUGACUUGGUGGAGCAACUAUGCACGGAACUCGGCGGCAGGAAUCACAGAGGGGCCGCGAGGAGUGUCACAGCUUACCUGGCGAACACGCAGAACGCUGCUCGGGCGACGGGCGCAGAGGAUGAGCAGACAAUAGUGGCCAAAAUCAGAUCGAUUCUCUCACAGAAGUCCAGUCGUGAUUUGGAGUCCUUCGCGCGGCUGCACAAUCACUUAUCGUCAAGCAUGGAAUUGGUUCCUCGCACGCAAAUACUCUCAUUUCUUCUGUGCAUGGCAAAUUCCGGAAGGGAAAAUAGAGGCCAAUCGGCUGGCAGAAAUAAUUCUGUUCAACGUGCGAUUCCCGAGUCUGCUUUGCCGCGGCCAACAAUGCUGCGAAGCCAGAGCGCUUCGAAGGCUUUCUCCAGUCGCUCCUCAUCUGCACUUCAGGCGACAACAUCCGUGCCGCGCUCUGGCAGUCAAUCGUCAUUCGACGUUGUUGAUCUGCAGGAUGAACUCGUGCAGGAUGUGCUGUAUGCCAUGAUUGGGAAGCAGUGCAAGUACCUGCGGAAGGAUGUCGUGAACGGAGGUUUUAAGCUGGAGCCGGCCAAGCGGCGUUCCUUGAGUGCCCAGCACGCCGAAAUGCUGCUUCGGCUGGCAGAGGUGGGCUUUCUGCACGAUCAAGUGGAGAACUUUGUGGACAAGCGGAGCGAGAAGCAUCCACUGGGACUGAUUGGACAGGGCCUAGUGACGGCAAUUCGGAGGGAAUUGACUGAGCAUUAUGGCACAGUGGCCAGUAUGCAGGAACACGUGAAUGCCACGCGACGCGAGUCGAAUGGUCAUCAGAGGGAGCGCGUGACGCUGAUGAAGCUGAUGAUGUGGGUGAUGACGCCACAACAUCGUCUCAGCUGUCUUAUGAAGAUGCUGGAGAAGUGCGUUGAUCGCAAGGGUGGAACGCUCAUUAGUGCCAUUCACAGCUUCCUGAGUCACGGCGAUCGGCAGAUGAAGAGCUUCGCGGAUGUGCUGCUGCAGGCAAUGUGUCUGCCGCUGCGCCACAUGCUUUUGCAAUGGCUGCUGAAUGGCGAGGUGGAGGAUCCCUAUGGGGAGUUCUUCAUUGAGACGCUGCACGAUGUGUCGAACGAUCGACUGUGGCAUGAGAAGUAUCGUGUGCGUGAGAGUCAACUGCCGACAUUUAUCAGCACGAAUCUUGCCAAUAAGAUCCUAGUCAUUGGGAAGGGAAUCAACUUUCUGCGCCAAGUGUGUCAUGAUGAGGGUGCCAUUGGUGGUCGGGAGGACUUGAAGUUGUGCUUCGAGGAGAGCAUCGAGAGUCUGUUUUCUGCCUCUGGCGACACGAGACUCCAUCAGCAGAUUGAUAACUUCUACCUGAGCACGAGCAAGAAGGUCUUGCAGGUCAUUACGGGGCCACACAAGUUACUAGAUCAUCUGAAGGCGAUGAGAGACUAUCUGCUGAUGGGUCAGGGAGAUUUCAUUGGUCUCCUCAUGGAGUCACUCAAGUGCCAACUGGACAGCCCGGCCAAGGAGGUGCAUUGCUAUAAUCUGUCAGCCAUCAUGGAUGCCACAAUUCGCAUGACAAAUGCCCAGUUCGAUGAUCCGGACAUUCUCAAUCACCUGGAGGUGCAAAUACUGGAGCCAUUCGACGGCGACACGGGCUGGGAUAUUUUCUAUCUCAAGUACACCGUUCAGGGUCCAGUGGCGACAAUGCUGGAGCCGUGUAUGGCCAAGUACAAGAUGAUCUUCAAGCCGCUGUGGCGCACAAAGCGCAUCGAGUUCGUGGUGAUGUAUAAGGUGUGGAAGGAGCAGAUGUGCAAUGCCAAGCAAUUCCGCAGCAUGAGGACAGAGAUGAAUAGCAUUACGUACAAAUUGCACUUGUGCACGCUGGAGAUGAUGCACUUUAUCAGUGAGAUUCAGUACUACAUCCUGUUUGAGGUGAUUGAGUGCUCGUGGGCGGCGCUUAGCAAGAGAAUCGGCACGGCCACGGACAUUGAUGACAUCCUGGAGGCGCACAGUGACUUCCUGGAGACUAUUCGCUAUGGUAUCUUCCUGGAUGCCAAGAGUGAGAAUUUGCUUGCCAAGCUGGACACGAUCUUCCACGAGAUGAUGAAUCUGGAAGCGUGGCAGGACAAGUUCUACGAGGUGUGCUUCCGUGAGCUGAACGCGCGCACGGCUUUCGACAAGCACGUGAUGGUGAGUGAGAAGAAGGGACAGUACGGUGUGACGACGGAGAAGCGACUGGAGCGCGAUCAGGAGAAGAAAUUCUUCCAGAUUGACUUGGCCAAGUUCCACAAGAGUCUCGAUCACAUUCGCCAGAACUAUGAGACGUCGGUGAAGCAAUUCCUCUACGAGCUGGCCUCGUCCAAUGACUACAAUCUGCAGCUGUUCGGCAUCAGGCUGGACUUCAAUGAGUACUACAAGCGACGUGAUGAGCGCCUCAAUGUGCCACUCACGUACGAAUUCAUGCGCCUCAGCAAUAUGUUCAGCAGCAGCCGAAUGAACGCCAGCUCCAGUAGUCGCAUGAGCACCAGCCAUCACAACUGACCAACUUCCGAAAUUCCG